CUUCAGUUAACGAAUCUUUUUUGUGUUAAACAAACGUGUGUGCUACAACUGAACAUUCUUUUUUAUAUUAUGAACAGAGUAUCUCGUAAAAGCGAUUUGUUAUUUUAUUCUUAUCAAUUUUCGUUAAUGGCAUAAGAGACACUUUGUGAUAUUAUUACACUUUUCAAACGAAUAAAAUGCCAAAGGAAAAUUGAAUUUCAAAUUGAAGUUUCAAACGAAAUUGCUUGUCUUUGAAUCGUUUUAUUGUUGAUUCAAUCAGUUUUGAUGUCUUUAACAGAAAAAUGACGAAGUAGAACAAAGUGAUACAAUUUCCAGUGGAAAAAUUAAAGUGAACAAAAAAGGUUGAUAUUCGACACGCAUCAUUGCCUUAACCUAUUUUGUAAAUGUCGAGUGUGUCGGGAUUGAUGUAAAUUGAAUAUUGGUGGAAAGUUACCGGAUUAAAAAAAAUCGAAUACAUGAAUCGUUUCGGAAAAUGGUCGGUGUGACAGUGGAAAAUCCAAUUCAUGAAAAGGUACAAUCGAAAAGGACUACAAGCAUCGCCAUUACAGACAACGACAACACCAUGAAAAUUAAAUUGUCCACCGAUAAGUGUAACGAUGGAUCUCAACACACCUCUAAAUCCGAUGUUGAUGAUGAGAAUGUUACGCUUCGCGUAAAGAACACAUCUGUUCCAGAAAUAAAACGGCAAAAAUUCCUUGCAGUGAACGGUCGAUGUUUCAGUGAUGGUGAGGGUAUCGAACAACUUGAAACAUUGUUGGAUGCAGAUGAUUUCCCAGACGAAUUUUGGCAUUUCCAGAGAGAUUCAUUCAUACAUCGAAGCUAUAACGAGAAGCUGUUGGCCCUGAAGAAUGCCAGUGAUUAUCCACAUCCACGUCCAGUAUCCGUGCCAAACGAUGCGACAUUCAAACGGGACUCGUUUAUACGACAAAGUUUUAAGUCGAUACGAAACAGUUUCAGCAAAAGUAUUCGUAAGAAGAAUGGUGUGAAGCGGAGCCUAAAUGAUAUUGAGGAUCGAAAUAAUAAUAUUAACAACGACAACAGUACCAACAGUGAUAAAAGUGGUAAUAAAAGUGAUCGAGCGGUUGAAAGCAUAUCGCAACAAAAAAUAAAAGUUGGCCAUAGUCGGAAUAGUUCCAGUUCAAGUUUAACAAGUAAUCGAUCCACAAAUAGCAUUUCGUUGGGUUUUCGAUCAGCGCCAACAACACCUAUGGCACCAUUGCAAAGCCAAAGUGAUGGACACGGUCAGAGUACAGUUAAUUUAAAUAGUUUAUCUCGCAGUCCGAGUCAUUUAUCAGCAAAAAUUGAUUCAAAAUCAAUAAGGCAUUUGUCAACGGUACCACCGGCGACGCCAUCGAACACCAGAAGUCCUAGUCCCCAUCCCACCAAAUCAUCAUCAAAAAAUGAUAUUCCAGAAAAAGAAAAGAAAAGAAAGGAGCUGAGCAGCGGUCGACAGAAGAAAUUCCAUCGUCACUUUUUGCAAGUGGAUGCUGAUGAGCAUGUUAUCAAUUAUUUUUCCUGUGCGCUAGUUAGUGAUAUAUUACUGCAAGGUCACCUAUACAUAACCGACAAUUAUUUUGCAUUUUAUUCAAAUGUAUUUGGAUUCGUUACCAAGCUGCUCAUACCAACGGUAUCUGUUGUGAAAAUAUCGAAAGAAAAAACUGCAAAAAUCAUCCCAAAUGCUGUGGGUGUGGCGACCGCCGAUGAACGUCAUGUGUUUGGCAGUUUUAUGAGCCGUGAAGCCGCAUACAGAUUGAUGCUUAGCGUAUGGAGACCAGUUGCACCCGUUGAACCAGAAGUAGCACCGAAAAUUCCCGAUGUGGAAAUAUCCGAAUGUUCCAUCGAAGAUGACAGCAGUUCAGCGAUAAGCGGAAACGAAAGUCCACCCCGGUUACAAGAAUCGACAACUUCCGACGCAAGUCAAACGCUGCGUCAUCGUAGUGCGCCUAGUUUAAUCGAAGGAACACCAAACGGUCUACGCACAUUAGUUGCGGACGCAGUUGAUGGUGGUGCAGGCGGCGAUGGAGCCGGUGAUUUAUUAUCGCCGAAUAUAUUACCGAUGGCGUCACGGUCUACAUCACCCCCACCAAAAAUUGUGAUACCACGAAAGUUUUUGUCAUUCCCCUUGCCAACAAAUUGGUUGUACGUUGGAUUGGUGCUCACUAUUUUGUUAGCGUUGCUGUCUGGAUUUUUAUUGUAUCGCAUAGUCAAUAUCCAGGAGAAAUCUAGUCAUUAUGAUCCUUUAGAUUUUAAGUGGAAUCCCACCAACAAGGACAUUGAUGUUUACACAGAGGUGUUGAAAUGGCAAAAGGAGAUGCAAUCUAAAAGUGUUGAUGAAGCUCAAAUUGUACUUAACUCAAACUUGGAGAAAAUAGCCAGGGUGCGCAAAAGUCUUGAAACGUUAUCGGUGUUGAUACACAAUAAAGAUGCGCCCAGCUUAACUGACUACAGCUAUAUGGCCGGCGGUCAGGAUGAACCAUUGGAUGGUACAACAUUCGACCGAAGUAAGGUAUAAAAUUUCUGAAUUAUUUACGGGGAAAAUAUAUCGGAGACGAAUUGGCAGCUGCGCUGGCGCUCGACAUUGCGGCUCACUGAGAGUCAUUGGGCUAAGAGUCAUACAUACAUAUAUAUGUGGAAUGUUACUUAAAUCAUUCAAAAGCAUUAUACAUUGCAAUUAACUAAUUAGGACAUCCAGGUUAGACUUAUUGAUUAGUUUCGACAAGUAUCCAUCAUAUAAGGAAUUAUAUAUUUAUAUAAAACAAAGAAGAAGAGGAGAUAAAAUUCAACGUAACAUGUAAUGUGCAUCUAUUGUAAUCAAAAAAAUGGCCGAUGACGAAUCGUGAUAAGUUAUUAAGUUAAGGGCAUGAAGAAUGAUGGAAAACUAAUUUAAAUGAUAAAAAAAGAAAGAAAAACUCAAAACUUAUUUAUUUUAGAUCGGAACGUAUAACCCAAGAGGAAUAGUGAUUCUUCUCAGAUAUAAAAAUGCAAUGGAAACUUAGAAAGUUAUAGAAGGAAUAAGUAGGAAAUGUUUGUUUUUUAAAGUCAAUACAUUUAAGGUUUUUUAUUUUUAAAUUAGACUUAAGAUGGUGAUAUUUCUGUUGUUACAUUUAUUUUGUAUUUAUCGUUUGUUUUUAAUGGUUAGAUAAUUUUAUAGAUUUUUUUUGUUUUUAAAUUUAAAUAGCGAAUGCAACCAAAAACUAGUUUUAUUUUUUUUGUGAAAACAAACAAAUUGAAAAUUUUAUUUGUCAUUGUUGUCAGACAUUUCAAAAUGUUAAAAUUAUUUUGUUUUUUUAUCCCAGUCAUCCUAUCCAAUCAGUUUUAAUCGAUUAAUAAAUGAUGAACGAGCAUACAAUGUGGUGGACGUAUAUAUUAUGUAGAAACCAUUAUUUUUGCCGUCAAAAUAUAUUUUAUUUGAACUCUGUUUGAUUGCGAAACAAAAAAAAACCAGGACAUUGAUUGUUGUACCCUUUCAACCCUUUCAACCAUUACCUUAUUUUCAGAUUAGAAAAUUAUUGGUACACUGAACAAUGGGAAAUAAAUAGAAAAUUCUUGCAUUUUUCGUAAAAAGGACUGUUUCAGGGCCUAUCUUUUAGAACUUAGUUACAUAAAAUUCCUAAAAAUUCUUUGAACAAAUCCUUAAAACUCCUAGAUAUUUUGAAUGCUUAAAUUUAGGAAUUUUUGGAGGUAUUCACACGUUUGGAGGUAUAUUUUGAGUUCAGGUUCACCAGAAUAUUAUUAUGAAUGAACACAAUCAGUUCAGGCCGGGUUUCACGUUUACAUAACCAGACGUGUUUAGGAGUGUAAGUUGAAGCUGAUUCAGUAAAUCAAGUUCAGCUCAAAGUCAACACUUUCCGAUUUAAACUGUGUCAGUUAAAACAACACGAAUCAACGUUUAUGAUUGGGAAAUUUACCUCUGAAAACUCCUAAAAAAAUCCUAAAAAAUUAUGCUCCAACAAAAGUACGCUGUGCCAGGGCCGUGAGAGAGCGAGCAGUCAAAUAAACAAAGCAAAUAAAAUUUAAAAAUUCAAUUUUGUCUCUCACACGGAGUAAGAGGAAAUCAAGCAUUAUAACCUGUUCUUUCCGUACACUGUCUUUCACUUCUUAUACCGCCUUCACAUACGUAUUGUGUCAUAUUCUGAUCGAACGUCUUUUAGAUAUACUUUUUGGUGACCACAGUUCCUCACGCUGUCACCUUCGCUGCCAAUGUCUGAUCUGGUUUACUGCUGGCUAUUAGGUCUUUGUACAGUUGGUACGAUGCCUAAAUUUGAUUGAUAAACGCUUGUGUCGGCAGAUAUUUUAGAAAUCAAUUUUCAACGUAAUGACCAUGGAUCAGACAUUUUCAGAAAAAUAAUGAAACUUUCGGGAUAUGUCGGAAGUCUUACAGUGGUUAUCAAAAUAGAAAUAGGUCAGAAAGUUUGACCAUUAUACAGCAAAUUCAAGUUAAUAGUUGAUAGUGAAUGGAAUCGAAUGCAAAUGAAAAUGAAAAUUUCAUAAAAAAGAAAAACGGACUGUCGAAACCUGUCACUUACGGCUAUUCAUCUGUUAUCGUUAACGACGACAAAAAUAAUGACAAGCUCUGGUCAAUAUGGUCCUUUAUAAGUUAGAAUGCAUGUUUAAAAAAUUGAAGUACAAGAUUUGAAAUCAACUGAUUACUACUUUGAUUGAUGGAAGUGAUAGACCCGAUAAUAAAACAGGUCAGAUGCUUGCCGUCUGGAACAGGUUAAAUAUUUGUUUACCAACGCUACAAUCUUAAAGCACAUUUGUCUCAUUUGUUAACACGUUCAGACAUUCUGUGAUUUUCUUCAAUUUAAAAUUAUUUUUGGAAUUAUGUUAGUUAUGUGAUAACAAUCAAUAUAAAAUCGAGUUUCGUUUUAUUGCAAUCUUCUACGAAGUGGCAUUUUGUUUAGCAAAUUUUCUUUGCCAAUUAUAUGCUGCACCAAAAGCUCAUUAAUGUUCCUUAAGUAAAAGCUGUAGACUGAAUGGCUUUUUUGUUGUUAUUAAUCAAAUUGAAACGAUCAAAAAAAAAUGUGUUUUUGUUCUGAGUCCCAGUUUCUGUAUUCACAAAAUCAUUUCACUUUAUAAUUUCCAGGUGAGACUUUUGUUUUUGGUGUCAUCAUCAAUAUGCGAAUCAAAUUAUCACUUAUAAUGGGCAUGCAUAUUAAAAAUUAAAAUAAAAAAAUUUACAAAAUGUGGUUAAAACGUCUUUCCGUAGAUAAAAGAAAUGGGAAAUUUGUUUGUGGGUGUUUGAAAAAUGUUAAAUGUAUUCAACUAGACGUUAGAAUUGUGUUUGAUUUUGAUGAAUGAUGAACGAAAAAUGUUUUCCAUUUUAUGGAAAAAUAUCAUGAGAAGUGAAUAAAAGAUGAAGAUUUUACAAAUAU